GUGUUUUGUGCCCUAUUUCAUCCCCCUCUUCUAGCCGACCUCUUAUCCUGGAUAGUUUUUGAAUACACUAUUCUUAGUUCAAGUGUUUUUAAUUCACAUGUGUGUAACCAGUCUGCUCAGACGUACAGAGAUGGCGGUAAUGUUGAUAACGCUUCUCGGUUUUCUAAUCUUCGUCGCCAAUCCCUCUUAUGGAUAUGUGGAACACUCGAAUUGCGUCGAGCCAACAGAACCACCAUUCAAGACACUUCAGGCUCAUGGCUGUCAGGACAAAGCAGACGUCAUCCUCUCUUGUCGCAGAGGUUACAAACUGCACAUUCUCUCAGUUUUCUUCGGUCAUGGCCACGGCUUCAACUGCACCUGUGAUAGCAGCAUCUGGCAGAACUGUCUAGCUCACAGAGGGCGGUCGGGCAUCCUUGUCAAGUACCUGUGCGAGGGCAAGCAGACAUGUACUAUCCCUCCAACUGAGGACGUACUCGGCUCAACCACGUGCUUCCGCCUGAAAAGCGACUUGUUUGUCGAUUAUCUGUGUGGAAAAGAUGAUGGCCAAUAAAAGCUAAAGUCAUACAA